AAAAACCCAAAAAAAGCAUGUACUUGGUAGAUGCACUAUGGUGUAGUUUAGUUGUAUGACACGCCAUUUUUCAAAGCUCCAUUCCAUCCCGACAUUUUUCAAUUCUAUCUCCUGUAAGUAGUGAAACCCAAAAGAGUAGCAAAAAUGGGCACGAAAUGGAAGAAUGUCUUCUUCGUUUUUUGGCUGUUGUCAUCAACUGCACAAUCCUUCUAUCUCCCUGGGGUCGCCCCUCGUGAUUUUCAAAGGGGUGAUCCCCUGUAUGUUAAGGUGAACAAAUUGUCAUCUACAAAGACACAACUACCAUAUGAUCAUUACUACUUAGACUACUGUAAACCAGCCAAGAUUGUGAACAGUGCUGAAAAUUUGGGGGAGGUACUACGUGGUGACCGCAUAGAGAAUUCAGUCUACACCUUUGAAAUGAGGGAGGAUCAGCCUUGCAAAGUAGUCUGUCGAAAAAAACUUGAUGCUGAAUCUGCGAAGAAUUUCAAGGAAAAAAUUGAUGAUGAAUAUCGAGUUAAUAUGAUUCUUGACAAUCUUCCAGUUGCUGUUCUUAGACAAAGGAGAGAUGGAAGUCAGUCAACAACAUAUGAACAUGGUUUCCGUGUUGGAUUCAAAGGGAAUUAUGCUGGGAGCAAGGAGGAGAAGUAUUUUAUCAACAACCACUUGAGCUUGAGAGUCAUGUUUCAUAGGGAUACUGAGACCGAUGCUGCUCGAAUUGUUGGGUUUGAGGUUACCCCUAACAGCAUUAACCAUGAAUACAAAGAAUGGGAUGAGAAGAAUCCCCAGAUAGCAACAUGCAAUAAGGACACCAAAAAUCUAAUUCCAGGUAGUACUGUUCCACAAGAAGUUGACGCAGGCAAGGAGGUUGUGUUUACAUAUGAUAUAACUUUCAAGGAGAGUGAUAUCAAAUGGGCUUCUCGCUGGGACACAUACCUUCUGAUGAAUGAUGAUCAGAUUCACUGGUUCUCCAUCGUAAACUCUCUGAUGAUUGUUCUCUUCCUCUCUGGCAUGGUAGCCAUGAUCAUGAUGAGAACAUUGUAUAAAGAUAUUUCAAACUAUAAUCAGUUGGAAACCCAAGAUGAGGCGCAGGAAGAAACAGGAUGGAAACUUGUACAUGGGGAUGUCUUUAGGGCUCCAAUCAAUUAUGGUUUACUCUGUGUUUAUGUUGGUACAGGUGUCCAGGUCUUCUCAAUGACGCUUGUGACAAUGAUAUUUGCUUUGCUGGGUUUCUUAUCUCCUUCCAAUCGUGGAGGACUUAUGACUGCUAUGGUUCUCUUGUGGGUUUUCAUGGGAAUAUUUGCCGGUUACUCUUCAGCACGUCUAUACAAAAUGUUUAAGGGCACAGAGUGGAAGAGAAAUACUUUGAAAACUGCAUUUAUGUUUCCUGGUAUCCUCUUUGUUGUAUUCUUUGUACUGAAUGCACUAAUUUGGGGAGAGCAAUCCUCUGGGGCAGUGCCAUUUGGGACAAUGUUUGCUCUUGUUUGCUUAUGGUUUGGUAUAUCAGUUCCAUUAGUCUUUGUUGGCAGUUACUUGGGUUUCAAAAGGCCAGCCAUCGAAGACCCUGUGAAGACCAACAAAAUUCCCAAGCAGGUACCAGAGCAGGCAUGGUAUAUGAAGCCAGUCUUUGCUAUACUCAUUGGAGGCAUCCUUCCAUUUGGGGCCGUUUUUAUUGAGCUCUUCUUCAUCUUAACGUCAAUUUGGCUGAACCAGUUCUAUUACAUCUUUGGCUUCCUUUUCAUAGUGUUUGUUAUUCUAAUAAUCACUUGCGCCGAGAUAACAAUUGUGCUAUGCUACUUCCAGUUGUGCAGUGAAGAUUACCAUUGGUGGUGGAGAUCUUACUUGACAGCUGGCUCCUCUGCUCUCUACCUUUUCCUAUACUCUAUUUUCUACUUCUUUACGAAGUUGGAGAUCACAAAGCUUGUCUCAGGCCUCCUUUAUUUUGGCUACAUGGUAAUAGUUUCAUAUGCCUUCUUCGUCCUGACUGGGACAAUUGGCUUCUAUGCGUGCUUUUGGUUUGUUAGGAGGAUCUACUCAUCCGUCAAAAUCGACUAAGAUGAGUAUAUAGAAAGAACACAAGACCUAUGCGAAUUACCGACUGGAUGAGGGGAAAGCCUUGAUGUGGACUAUGUCAAGUCGAAGAUACUUGCUACCGAAACUUUUAUUUCCCAUCUACAAUCACUUUAUUGUUUGUCAUUGAAGGUAGGCUUGGCUUGUUAGUUUCCCUACACUGUUAGAAGUCCAGUACUGUUAACUCUUUAAGUAGUCUCUGCAAGGAGUAAAAUUGGUGAUCUAGCCUGUAGAUAUUUCGAUACUCCAGAUAUCUACUCCCCAGAAAACCAUUAGCGUUGCAAUGCAUCUUCAUGACACUAUCAGAGAACCUGAUGUAGAAAUGCCCUGGUACAACUAUAAGUACUGUUACCUUUAUUUACUAUUUUUGCAGUAAAUAACUAAGAGCCUUUUGGAGACAAGUUCCUUUCUCCAUUUUAGCUUCUACUUUCCAUUUUUCUCAACUAUGUGAAAUUGAGGGCCUUGGAUGGUUAUUUUCCCUUGUUUAUUAGUCUCUGUAGUUAUUGCUUUAUGUUCAUUGGCUUUGUCUUGGCAAAGUGGGGGUUAUUGCUGGUUUUGGAAUGUAAUAUUGUGACUUACUUUGGAUGGUUGAAUUCCAGCAAAUGCAAAAAAGUUUUAUUUUAAAAUCAA